CUACUUCUUCUUCUCUCUCCAUUCAAUCCAACGUGCAAAAUAUUUUAGUAUGGGUCCCAACUCAAAAUUUAUUUGCACUCUUACGAAGUAUAGUAUGAAAAACUAAUUUUCCACUCCAUUUCUUUCUGCUAUAUUUCGAUGGAUCCAAACACAGUGUUAGUGUCAUCAAAGUACUAGUCGGCCACCGCAUCCGCCCCGUACAUUCGAAACUGGCAACAGAGAUCUUCAUCUCUUAAAUUUUAUUUCUCUCUCUCUCUCUGGUUGUUUCCGAACCGAACCGAACUGAACCGGAAAUAUGGGAGUGCCAGCGUUUUACCGGUGGCUCGCGGAUCGGUUUCCUCGAUCGAUCGUCGACGUCGUGGAGGAAACACCCGCCGGCGGUGGUUCGUUUCCCGUUGACGUGUCUAAACCUAAUCCCAACGGCAUGGAGUUCGACAACUUGUAUUUGGACAUGAACGGCAUCAUUCAUCCUUGUUUUCAUCCUGACGGCAAGCCAGCACCUGCUACCUAUGAUGAAGUAUUCAAAUUAAUGUUUGACUACAUUGAUCAUCUCUUUUCAUUGGUUCGUCCAAGGAAGCUUCUUUAUCUUGCAAUUGAUGGCGUUGCACCAAGAGCCAAAAUGAACCAGCAACGUUCUCGGCGUUUUCGAGCUGCUAAAGAUGCAGCUGAGGCUGAAGCUGAAGAGGAAAGGCUCAGGAAUGACUUUGCUGAUCAGAUAGAACUUUUGACACCUAAAGAAAAACCCGAGACUCAUGACUCAAAUGUCAUUACUCCUGGCACUCCGUUUAUGGCAGCGCUGUCAGUAGCACUUCAGUAUUACAUACAAACUAGAUUGAAUUAUAACCCUGGCUGGCGGUAUACAAAGGUCUUGCUUUCUGAUUCAAAUGUUCCUGGCGAGGGAGAACAUAAAAUAAUGGAAUAUAUUCGAUUGCAGCGUAAUCUUCCUGGUUUCAAUCCAAAUACUCGACACUGUUUGUAUGGAUUAGAUGCUGAUUUGAUUAUGUUGUCCUUAGCUACACAUGAAGUUCAUUUUUCAAUAUUGAGGGAGGUAAUUACUUUUCCUGGACAACAAGAGAAGUGUUACAUGUGUGGCCAAGUUGGACAUCUUGCAGCUGAGUGUCGUGGUAAGUCAGGUGCUGUUGAUGACACCCCAAUUCACAAGAAGAAAUAUCAGUUUCUUCACAUUUGGGUGCUGCGUGAAUAUUUGCAAUGUGACUUGUUGAUUCCCAACCCUCCGUUUGAGAUCGACUUUGAGCGCAUAGUAGAUGAUUUUGUAUUCCUAUGCUUCUUUGUUGGAAAUGACUUUCUUCCGCAUAUGCCUACAUUAGAGAUACGUGAGGGAGCUCUGAAUUUGUUGAUGCAUAUCUAUAGAAAGGAAUUCACUGCCAUGGGUGGCUAUCUUACUGAUGCGGGUGAGGUUUUCUUAGAGAGAGUGGAGAAUUUCAUUCAGUGCGUUGCUGUUCAUGAAGAACAAAUAUUUCUGAAACGAGUUCGGAUUCAGCAGGCUCAAGAAAUUAAUGAAGGGAUGAGAGCUAGGGCAAGAGGAGAAAUGCCUGAAGAACCACGAGCCUCAGCUGUAGAUAAGGACCAGAACUCGGGGAAGACGAUGGAAACUGCUAGAGAGAUGAAUGGACUAUACUACCUUGAUGGAAUUCAGUUUGACAAUAUAGCGUUUUUCAGUUCAAACAGUACAAACUCAUCUCCUGUUUCAGAUCAAGUUAUGUUAUGGCAUAAAAGAUUAGGCUACCCUAGUUUUUCUUAUCUUAAGCAUUUAUUUCCUGUUUUUUUCAAAGAAAUAAAUUCCUCACAAUUUCAUUGUGAAGCUUGUCAUUUAGCUAAAGAUCAUCGUGUGUCUUUUAAAUCAAAAGCCUAUUUUGCUUCCAAACCUUUUUAUUUAAUUCACAGUGAUGUUUGGGGUCCUUCAAAAAUUAAAACUAUGUCUGAAAAAAAAUGGUUUCUGACAUUUAUUGAUGAUCAUACACGGUUGUGUUGGGUUUAUCUCAUGGAAAAGAAAUCAGAAGUUGAACAAAGAUUUCAAGAUUUUUUUAACAUGAUUAACAAUCAAUUUCAAACCAAGAUUGGCAUUCUAAGGUCUGACAAUGACACUGAAUAUUUCAACAAAUAUUUAAGUACGUUCCUUGUAACUAAGGGGAUAAUUCAUCAAUCCACUUGUCGCGAUACUCCGCAACAAAACGGUAUUGCUGAAAGAAAAAAUAGACAUCUCCUCAAAGUUACUAGAGCUAUUAUGUUUUCUAUGAAUGUACCUAAGUUUCUUUGGGGAAAUGCUUUAUUAACUGCUUGUCACCUCAUCAAUCGAAUGCCAUCUCGGGUGUUACAAUAUGAAAGUCCUGUACAAGUGUUACAAAACAAUUUUCCUACAUCCCGUAUUAUUACGGAUCUUCCCCUUAAAGUUUUUCGUUGUCUCUGUUAUGUUUACAUCCCCAAUGUUUUUCGUUCUAAGUUGGAUCCUAAAGCCGAAAAAUGUGUUUUUCUUGGCUAUGCAUCCAAUAAAAAGGGAUACAAAUGUUUUAACCCAGUUACAAAGAAAUUUUUUGAAAGCAUGGAUGUUCACUUUGUUGAAAAUCAACCUUUUUUAAAAAAUUCUUUUCAGGGGGAGAGUUAAUGUAAUAAUAAAGAAGAUAAUUUUUGGGAAACUUUGCUUGCUCUAGAUGAUAUUGUGACUACAAAUCACCCAAGUGCUAAGAUAAUAGAAUUUGAAACAGGGGGAGAAACACUGAUUAAGGAUGAUAAUCCUGAACUUAAAGUGUAUUUUCGAAAAAAAUUCCACAAAGGUGGUGCAAACCCUAUUGUCUCUCCAGUAGAAAUCCAAUCUGAUUUACCGAGUGAAGGUCCUAUAGAUAAUCUGUCUUCUAAUUCUUCAUCUGGUAAUCCUUCUUACUCAUCCAAUGAUUUAUCUGAUUUGUCUUUUCCUGAUAUUAAUCUUUCAAUUUCUGUGAGAAAAAAUAUUCCUGACCUCGAUGUCCCGAUUGCUGAGAGGAAAGAUUCUCGUAUGUGCGCUAAACAUCCUAUGUCUAAUUACUUGUCAUAUGACAAACUAUCACACACGCACAAGGCAUAUGUGUCUAGGAUUUCUAAUUUGUUUGUGCCCAAAACUAUUCAGGAAGCAUUAAGUGAUCCGAAUUGAAAAUUAGCGGUGAAAGAAAAGAUGGAUGCUCUAAACGAAAAUAACAUUUGGAGUAUCACUGAUCUACCACAAGAUAAAAAUGCAUUAGGGUGUAAGUGGGUCUUUACAGUGAAAUGCAAGGCUGAUGGAAGUGUGGAAAGAUACAAAGCGAGAUUAGUAGCAAAAGGAUUUACUCAAACUCAUGGUAUUGAUUACCAAAAGACUUUUGCCCCGGUUGCUAAGAUCAAUUCUAUCAGAAUUCUUCUUUCUUGCAGUAAAUUUCAACUGAACACUAUAUUAAUAUGAUGUUAAGAAUGCCUUCUUAAAUGGUGAAUUACAUGAAGUAUAUAUGAGUUUACCUCUUGGAUUUGAAAAAAAUCUUGGAAGAAACAAAGUAUGCAAAUUUAGAAAAUCCUUAUAUGGAUUGAAACAAUCGCCAAGGGUCUGGUUUGAGAGAUUUGGAAGUGUUGUUAAGAGACAUGGCUUCACCCAAAGUCAAGCAGAUCACACUAUGUUCUUUAAACACUCAUGUGAAGGUAAGAUUGCUAUCUUAAUAGUGUAUGUUGAUGACAUUAUUAUUACAGGAGAUGACGUCAAAGCAAUUAGUGAUCUGAAGAGAAGACUUGAGGCUGAGUUCGAUAUCAAGGAUCUUGGAAAAUUAAAAUACUUUCUUGGGAUGGAGUUCGCAAGAUC